GAGUUAAGUUAGGGUUUUUCAAAAUGCUGACACGCCGAGCUCAAAAGGUUCGCCAUCACUGCCCUAGAGGGUCAGCCCCAUGAGGACAGGGACUCGGACUCCUUAACCCUGGAUGUGCUGUUGGAGAAAUGGGCACCUGUGGCGGUGCCUUCUCCUCAGGUUGUGUCCUGGUUUGGUCCAGGUGGGGUUGGGGCUGCAGCUGUGGGGUGCAGGGAGGCUGGCCCAGAGCAUUGGGAAGGAGGGGUCCUGCCAGGGGUUCCAGGGUGGUGGGGCAGGGCUGCAGCCCCAUUCCUGCACCUGCCCUGAGAAAGACACCCUGAGCCCUCUGUCCCUGAGCCCGGCCCUGGUGAACCAGCCCCCUCUCUCCCCACCCCCGGCCUCAUUUUACUCCCCCAGCAGACUUCCCUCCACCGGGAUGGGGUGUCAGGCAGGAGUGGAAGCCUUGGGUGCCUGCCCCCACUCUGCAGUGCUGGCCAGCCCCCCAUCUGCCCAAGCCCAGGGUCAGGAGGGAAGCUCCUGUGGGCAAAGACGGACAGGCCAGUCGCGCCUCCAGAUGCCUCUGGUGGGUGUAGACACACCCACGUUACCUAGGCAGGCAGGAGAGGCCCCUUUCAGAUGUUUGAACCCAACCCUAUCUGGAAUUUUCUCUCCGGUGAGGUUCUGGCAGCUGUUAGGGAUGUUGUUGGAAGCUGAGUCAGGAGGAAAGAAAGCUGGCCCUGGCCGGUUUGGCUCGGUGGUUGGGGCAUCAGCCCGCAGACCGAAGGGUCUCAGGUUCCAUUCCCAACCUAGGGCAUGUACCGCCAUUGCAGGUUCCAUCCCAGCCCCAGUUGGGUCACGUGAGGGAGGCAACCAAUUGAUGUGUCUCUCUCACAUUGAUGUCUCUCUCUCUCUCCCCACCCCUUCUCCCUCCCUUUCAUUCUCUCUGAAAAUCAAUGGAAAAAUCCUUUAGUGAGGAUUAAAACACAAAUGAGGAAAGCCAGCGACAUCCAGUGACUUGAUAGGAGGGAGGAGUCGGGACUUGUGGGGCAGCCCCUGUGCAGACUUGAGGACAGCUCCUUUAGCCGACUCACCCUUUCUGAAUGGCUCUUCCUCCUGCCGCCAGGCGGGCCUGGCUCUGUCAUUCCCUCCCCAACGCCGAGCACAGGUGCCUUGGGGGACAUGCUGGAGCCUAGCUGUGGAGGGCAGGGCAGGCAGUUAUUCUCAGAUGCUCAGGAGGGUAGAGUUUCAGAUUUGUUUAUGCCUCUAGGAGGCACCUUGGGCACGGGUGGUACGCCCGGCUCAGCGCUGACAUUCACCUUAGCUUGGCCAAGAGAUAGCUCAGAUGCCCCUGUUCUGCUGGGGGCAGUUGGCCCUGCAACUCCAGGCAGGCCCGGGGUCUGAAGCUCUUUCUAGGGUAUUUCAGGGGGUGCACGGUGGUCCUCACCAAGCCCUGGGCCAGCAGUGUGCCAGCCUGUGCCCAGGGGGCAGUUCACACCCGAGGCUGCCUGUUCUCCAGCAGGGUCAGUGCUAUUAAUAUCAGGCAAGUGCACAGCCCCAGCUGCGUGAUCCUCUUAUGCCUGUGACUUCGUCUCCGGCUGGUGGUGAGUGCUGUUCCUUCGGCACAGGGGCCUGAGGGGCUCCCAGCUGCUAGCUCCCUGCCUCCCAGUGGGUAGCCUCUGCAGCCAGGGGUCUGGCCUCACACUGGCUGCCCACCCACCCAUGGAGGGGCAGCUCACAUGGUUCCUGGGUUGUCCUAGGGGGCUGCUGUGGGCCUGAGGCAGUGUGGGGUGCCCCUGCAGACACCUCGGAUCAUCUUGUGUCCAGCCAUGAGCAGCCCCUCAGCUUACCCUGGCAUCAGGAUCUCAGGGUGCUGGGCCCUUGGAGCAGAAGGCAGCAGCAGCGCUGAGGCCUUGGACAGGCUCCUCCCGCCCGUGGGCACUGGGCGCUCGCCGCGGAAGCGCACCACCAGCCAGUGCAAAUCCGAGCCGCCCCUGUUGCGCACCAGCAAACGCACCAUUUACACGGCGGGGCGGCCGCCCUGGUACAACGAGCACGGCACACAGUCUAAGGAGGCCUUCGCCAUCGGCCUGGGUGGUGGCAGUGCUUCUGGGAAGACCACUGUGGCCAGGAUGAUCAUCGAGGCCCUGGACGUGCCCUGGGUGGUCCUGCUGUCCAUGGACUCCUUCUAUAAGGUGCUCACCCAGCAGCAGCAGGAGCAGGCUGCCCUCCACAACUACAACUUUGACCACCCGGAUGCCUUCGACUUCGACCUCAUCGUGUCCACCCUCCAAAAGCUGAAGCAGGGCAAGAGCGUCAAGGUCCCGGUCUACGACUUCACCACCCACAGCCGCAAGAAGGACUGGAAGACGCUCUACGGUGCCAACGUCAUUAUCUUCGAGGGCAUCAUGGCCUUUGCUGACAAGACGCUGUUGGAGCUCCUGGACAUGAAGAUCUUUGUGGAUACGGACUCUGACAUCCGCCUUGUGCGGCGGCUUCGCCGGGACAUCAGUGAGCGUGGCCGCGACAUCGCAGGUGUCAUCAAGCAAUACAACAAGUUCGUCAAGCCAGCCUUCGACCAGUACAUUCAGCCCACCAUGCGUCUGGCAGACAUCGUGGUGCCCCGAGGGAGCGGGAACACAGUGGCCAUCGACUUGAUCGUCCAGCACGUGCACAGCCAGCUGGAGGAGGGCCGCGCUGGCCUCGGCGCACCAGUGCCACCCGCUGCCGCGGACGCUGAGUGUCCUCAAGAGCACGCCUCAGGUGCGGGGCAUGCACACCAUCAUCAGGGACAAGGAGACCAGCCGGGACGAGUUCAUCUUCUACUCCAAGAGGCUGAUGCGGCUGCUCAUCGAGCACGCGCUGUCCUUCCUGCCCUUCCAGGUGUGCAGGGCUGGGUGGGGGGUGGGGCGCGCAGCCCCUCGUGCUCAUCAGCGCCCCCAACCUCUGUGCUGCAGGACUGCGUCGUGCAGACCCCGCAGGGGCAGGACUAUGCCGGCAAGUGCUACGCAGGGAAGCAGAUCACUGGCGUGUCCAUCCUGCGGGCGGGGGAGACCAUGGAGCCGGCGCUGCGGGCGGUGUGCAAGGACGUGCGCAUCGGCACGAUCCUCAUCCAGACCAACCAGCUCACCGGGGAGCCGGAGCUCCACUACCUGCGGCUGCCCAAGGACAUAAGUGACGACCACGUGAUCCUCAUGGACUGCACCGUGUCCACGGGUGCCGCGGCCAUGAUGGCUGUGCGCGUGCUCCUGGACCACGAUGUGCCCGAGGACAAGAUCUUCCUGCUGUCGCUGCUCAUGGCGGAGAUGGGUGUUCACUCGGUGGCUUACGCGUUCCCACGCGUGAGAAUCAUCACCACGGCCGUGGACAAGCGUGUCAAUGACCUGUUCCGCAUCAUCCCCGGCAUCGGGAACUUCGGUGACCGCUACUUUGGGACUGACGCCGUCCCCGAAGGCAGCGACGAGGAGGAGGUGGCCUCCAUGGGUUAGCUAGCCGCCAGUCUCUUCCAUCUGCGUCCCCACCCAACCUCCUGCCUCCUGGCCCUGCUUGCAGAGUACAGACAUGAACUUAUUCCAGUUUAAAGUGCUACCAGGAUAACUUACUCUCUACCUUUUUUUUUUUUAAAUAAAUCUUUAUUGUUCAGAUUA